AUGGGCAGGCGACCGCUUUGGAGCAGCCUACGACUCCUGCAACAAGCGCUGGCAGGCCGGUCCACGACUCGGUCGCAAGUUCCACUGGGGCCACGUAAUCGCCCUCAUCCCACGAUGUGGCUGCACUCGUGGGCCCUGCUGCAUGGGCAUGCGAGCGCUCGCGGUCACCGGGCACCUCCCCGUUUUCAGAGCUCCGCCAUGCUCUUCGAGUCCACAGAACGCGCCCCGGGUUCUACCCGCAGAGCAGCUUACCCAUCGACUUUGACCACCGGAUCAGCUCGUGAACAAGGUCACGCCUGCCGCGUGUGCCACGUGCAGGACAACGUCUACGCAUCCGAAGUGACCGACGUACUUGACGCCGCAGAUAUACACGCUCUGGGUCUUUCACGUGUGGCACCCUACCGAGCCGGCACCCCCACGCCUACCACAUCUGCUCCUGGAAGGAUGUCCGAUCGCCGACACCAUGGACAGCCUUCAGCACAACUCAUCCGGCCACCCACAUCAUGGACGGGCUCGGGUCGUAGCAAUGAUCAGGUCUCAGAUCUUGAAGAUACGCCGUUGGAGCGCAGCUCAUCGAGCAGGGAUUCACAUCCAGGGACUCACCAACCAGGCAAACUGCAGUCGUCCCCCCACAUCCAGUUCGAGCUUGGCGCCUUACAGGAAACUUCACCCCCCUCCUCUCCAGAUCCAUCUCUAUCGCGCAAUGCUAGUACGGAUGGUCAUCUUCCAGAACGGCCAAUGGGUGCGAUCAGUCCCCGGUGUAACGGGGUGGCAAACAAGAGUAGUGCAGGCCAGCAAGCAACUCAGGACGCACCAGAGGUGCCCAACAUCCUGGCAAACGACGACGGAGAGGGUAUUCUUGAGACGAUCGAGGAGGGGUUUGAUGUUGUCAUGGCCCAGGGAUCUGAGGCUGAAUCUGACUCUCAACCACGUAUGGACUGUUCCUCCGUGAAUCGAGGGCCCAACGAGGACCACGUGGAAGACGACCUGAAUGCCGAUGAGAUUUGGAGCAUAAUCUCUUCUCUGGAAUCCACCCGGACUACAGCCGAGCGUUCGUUCACCAUGACAGCGGAACAGCGAACGGUCCACAAUCUCACGAUCCAGAUUUCGCACCUUCAACUCAAACUUCACAGCCUCAGUGAUUUGCAAAUGGCCGCAUGUUCUGAUCAAGUCGGGAUGCUCGUGGAGCAUCUCCAGAGACUGCGGCAAAAGUUCAGAGCGCAGUCAAAGCAUGUCAUCAAAAUUGAAAAGCAACUGGAACAUUGGGCGGAGGUGCAACGUCAAAGAAAGGAACUAAAACACGAGGACGGGCAGUCGUCGGACUUGAACACGAAUCCGGAAGACCAUCGCCACCCAUUUCACCACUCCUCCCACACAAUGGCCGCUCGCUUACACGCCAUAAGUCCGCAGGGUACGGAUGUGUUGGCCAGUGGGGAGAACAACGCCAGACCUUUAACAUCACCGCGACCCAACAUCCACCUCGUGGCGGUUGGAGAUCAUGGUGUUGGCAGGGCAAGGACAGAGCAGUAUUGGCAUCCUACCAAACGCAGCGUCGGGGAACAGGCGUGGGAAGCAUUCUCAACAGAACAGGACGGCCAUCACGACAUCAGCUGCGUCGGCGAAGCUCCGUGGACGCAAGAAGACUAUGCGGAUGUUUUAGAGCACGGCUCCGCUUCUUUUCGCGGUGCAGCGGAUCCCCAGAGGCGGGCAUGGUCGGCCAAGUUGACCAACAUCACCAACAACGAUUUAUGGUGCGCCGAAGCUGAGUUCGUGGAGGACCAACUGUUCGAUAAAGCGAAUCACAGCCCCACGGGUAAUGAAGCGACGGCUAGGGCAAAAGCAUUAGAUGCACUACGAACGAUGGAAGAGCAAGGACGUAACAAGGUGCAGAGCAACGGGGCUGGAUCUGCGGAGAUCAACUCUCCACAGACGGACGGUUCCCGCAUGGCGCCCCCGUUACAGGCUAUGGCUUCCUCUUGCAUCGAUUGGCACACGUGCUUGCUACAAUUUAUCUUUGCCUUCAUUGCCACACUGCUCAUUUACUACCUAUUCUUCGUCCUUUCCUGCGAACGAGGUUAG